CCUGGUGCCACCGCACCGUGUGAGCUUUCCGUCCCGUGCGGCCGUGCCGUCUCCCCAGCAAGCGGAAGCUUCUAGAACGUUCGCGGCGGGCCGGCGGCAGGCGCGAGAUGGUGGUGCUGCACGUGAAGUCGCCGGACGCGGAAGAGGAAACGGAGUUCCUGUACGAGUGCGCCGCCUCCACGGCCGUCGCCGACGUGGCAGCCGCGCUCGGCGCGCUCGCCGGCCUCCAGACUCGCCUCCUCUCCCUCUGCCGUCGCCUCCGAGUCCUGCGGUCUGCAGCGAGGUAUGCGGAUGCCGGUGCGGCUGCGGUGGGCGAGCUCGAGAGGGCGCUAGACGAGGCCGAGGCGUACGCCUCCAAGGAGCAAGUGCAGCACAACAGAUUCCUGUCCCCUCGUGCUCUAAGGGAACAUAUCAAGAACAUUGAGAAGAAAUGUGCUACUGCUCUUCAAGAACCUCCAGAGGCAUUGGAUCUGCAAAAAUCAUCAUCAGACAACAAGCAUGAGAGGAUACAGCUUUGGUGGGCUGGAAAAGAGCUAGCCAUGGACCACAAGCUAUGCGACUAUAUUGGUAUUAAUGAUAAAUCAAAGAUUGUUGUCAAGCUAACGCGAGCCCAUGAUGACCAUUGAUUGUGCUUCUGCCCCUUCAAUGCAAUCACAGUGUUGGUUACCUCUUGGAUAUUAUAUGGAAGCUGUCCAUAAGGAAAAAUCUUUCUCGAUGGCCAGCUUUGAGCAGAGUGUUUUGAGUUCCUGCAACAGACCAUCCAGCUUAACACUGUGAAAACCUGCACGUGACAUGUGGUCGGGUCGGCAGCUGAAAGGAAUUCUUGGUGCUUUGGUUGAAGAACCGGCAAAUGUUCUCCGAGGGAACUAACACUGUUCAUGGUGUCAUCGCGAGUUCAGGAACCGGCCAAGCAGUGGUUUUGGCAUGUCUCACCAAGGAUAAACCCUGUCCCAAUUACUUUAAACUAACCUACUGUUGAGUUUUGGAGCCACCUCCUAACAAAAUUUUAUCAAUAUUCUUAUGUCUGGCAGCUUGGAUCCAGGAAUCAAACAAACGAUGAAGUUGGUGCCUCCUGCCUGCAAACUACAGAAGACGACAGUCAUGCUCCAUGAUGAUGACCUAGUUAUUCGCUAAGGACGCACACGAACCAAAGUGUUGCUGCCAGUACAACAGGCUUUUGUCCCUUUUUCCAGUUUGUUGUGAUUGCAAAUCUCUCUCAUUCACCUUUCUUCUCCCUCAUCCUGAACACCAGAAGCAGAAAGGCAGAUGGUUUGCUCCAUUCCGUCCAUCCAUCUGGUGCUACUGUUGCUCAAGCCUGUGGGCUGUUGCUGUGGCUUUUUUAACAGCUGCCACAACCACAAGGAAGGAUGGAUGGUGAAGGAAUCUCUGUUCGUUUGUAUUGUGCUCUGCUCGCUGACCCUCUCUGUGGCUCUUAUCUGUGCGUGCUCAUGAUCUGGGGGCCUCUUGUGCUUGUUGGAUUGCAUGACCCAUCCCAAUCAGAUCCGAAGACAAGCCAUGGUGGGGGGAGGAGAGCUGAGAACUGGCGAUCAUUCAGCUCAAAGGUGCUCGCCUUUUCAGUGCCCAACGCAACUCGGCUUGCAGCUGUUCCAGGCACACCCCACAAAUACAAAAAGGUGCACCUCCAAACUCACAGGCAGUGGUAAAUCUAACAAGAGCACAUACAUUCAAAUGGUUUGCCUUCUUUCAGAAUGAAAAAGAAAAAACAUUCUAAGUGCCAGAAUGGCAUUCCUAUUCUAUUCCGGAUUUCUUCCAAAAAAUAUAUUCCGGAUUUGCCUAUCACUGAUGUGCUUUUGCUGAUCUGGUUGCGGACGCAUCAUUUGGAUGAUCUGAUGGGACCGUAAUCUUGUCCGGCAGAGUUCCUGGAAAGCAUCAUGUUGGCAAAAGCCCAAGCAUCCGCAAACGAUUUCAUGGACUGUCCAAAGCUUUGUUUCGAAGCCAAGGGAACGGGGAGAUCAUCUCAGAGGUGCGCCGUAGCGUGGAAGAAGAUGGCAUGGUUGGUAGUGCUACGUGCAGAGAGCUCUGCUUUUGCUUAAUAAGGAGUUAGGCUUGGAGUUGGAGACCUGGAGUGGUCUACGCUCCAGACUCCAGAGGUAGGUGGAAGCUCUGGAUCCCAUUCACUACAACAAUCAGACUGAUUUGUACACAGAAGUAUGGUAUGGUCAAGCGGCGUACUUGGGGGUGGAAUCAAAUCUGCCACCAAGUCAGUGCCACCCUUGCACCAUUUACUCACACACUGUGCCCUACCCUACCUCCCAAACAAUGGAGUGAGAGCACGAGCAGCAGCAGAAGCUUUGAGAUAGAUUAGAGAUGGAGAAGAACGGAGCAGGGAGAAGAAAAAGGAAACGAACCACCAAGAUCCACAGAUCAAAUGAGGAAAUUCUUUGCUCCAAGAAGAUCACAAAGAAUUUGACAGGGAAAAGAAUCACGGUACAUUGCGUCAUCAACAGCAAUCCACAGCACAUUGCUCAUCUUCACAAGC